CUUUCUCUCUCUCUGUCUGUGGUAUCCUUCACGCACUCCGUCAACCCCCCGAUCCUCUCUUCCUCCCUUUCUCCCCUUCCUUUCCCUCCCCCUCUCUCUCCCUCCUCUCCCUGCGGCGGAGCGGCGGAGGCAGCGUGACUGCGUCAGCCAGUGAGGGCUGCUGUGAUGUAGCUGCAGUGGCUCCAGUGUGCCGAGCGAAGCCCCGAGUCUGAGCCUGGCUGUUGGAGCUGGAAGGAGGCUUGUAUUCUCCUCCUCUCCACCACCCCUUCCUCAUCAUCCUCCGCUCGCAUGGGGCACCGGCAGGCUGAAUCACACGUCCGUCUGCAGACUGUGCUGAGCAGGUAGGAGUGUGUGUAGGUACUCCACUGGGACGGCAUGGUGUGUGUGUGUUGGAGGACAGGGCCAGGUGUUGCUAUCCUGCUGGUACAAACCUGGGUCUGGGUCUGGACAAGUGCCAUAGAACCCGCUCCCAAAAUUGACGGAUGGCACCGAUCAGCAAUCACACUACAGGAGAAUGCCACGCACAAAUUUAACUGCCAAUCAGACGGCUGGGAUCCCAACGCCCAGCCUCUGCUGACGUGGUACCUGAAUGGAGAGAGGCAGAGAGAACCCAUGAACCACGGCAAAGGGCGCCUUGUGAUGAUAUCACCUAAACAGUCGGCAAAGUUGCGUCCAAACUCGCACCCCAACAGCACGUUCUCUCUGCGAGCCAGGAAGUGGCACCAGGAGCUGGUGUGUGCGGUGUCCAGACCCGACAGCGCCCAGAGCUACAACGCCACCGUAACCCUUAACGUCCAAUUCCAGCCAGAGAUUCUGAGAGUGAAUGCCCACUACAGUGAGACGGCCGACCCCGGCCUCUCCCUGGUCCUAUUCGCCUUGGUACGCUCCAACCCCCCUGCCACCAUCACCUUUGUGGACCAAUCCGGACAUCUGGUAGCUAACACCUCUGACUUCCUCAUCCUGGACUCGCGGAGCUACCCCUGGCUGACCAAUCACACGCUGCGGGUCACCCUCAGUAGCCUGUCAGGGAAUGUGUCGGUGAAUGCCAGCAACAGUGUCGGCGCUGCCCAGAGCAACCUCACUCUGGCAGAGUUCUUGCAGUCUCGCGUGGAGGUGCCCAUGUUGGGCAUCGUGACAGGGGCAGCUGUAGCCUUCGUCACCCUCCUCAUCUUCUCCCUGCUGGUGCUCUGCUUGCUGCACAAGAACAAGGGAAAGGCCAUCAUGGAUGAGCCAGUGGAGAUUGUGCUGGCCAAAAAAAGUGAUUCCACCAGUAUUAAAGUGGACAAAAUCUACAUGCCCAGAGAGAACAUGUCCCUACCCUCCAACAUGCAGCUCAAUGACCUCAGCACCCUCCGCAAAGCCAGGGAGGCUGCCAAACACAACCUGGGAGAGGAGGAGGAGGAUCUGUCCGCUGCCUAUGCUGCUAGAGGUUUCGCCAGAUACCCCAUGGUGGGCUACAUCUAUAAGGUCAACAGCAUGAGCAGUGAUGAGAUCUGGCUCUGACCACAUACAUACGCACUCACACACACACACACACACACACACACACACACACACACACACAGAAAAACCUUUAAAGGCACAGGACCCUGACAAUACAACCGUCCAAUCGGAGCCUCAGAAUAACUGCCAGUCAAUCAGACAGUACUGUCUUCAUAAAUCUUUGAUGUCAUGGUCUUAUUUACAGUACCUCAAUGUCAAGAGUGUUAUACAAGUUUGAUUUGUAAAAUUCAUUUUAACCUUAAUUUUAACUAGAGGUCUUGCCACCUUUUUAGGGGCUGACCACUUUACAACAUACCAAACUUUCUCUACAUACACUCCAGUCUGGUGUCUAUCACAAAUAUAUAAUCCUCUCGCAUUAUGGAAUGCUUAAUGUUCUUUCUAUUACAUGAGAAUGUUCAAGAUGAUGUUUGUGAAUUUAUUUCUAUAAAUACAUAAACAAAUAAUAUAAAGGUACAUAUUUGUAUAUGUACAUGUACUGUAGUUGUACAUGUUUAUGUAUAUUUGUAUGCAUAUAUGUAUAUGUGUAUAAAAGAAAAGGUCUAAUAAAGACGGUAUAUGAGAGC